UUUUCAUUUUCAUUCUCGUUCUUUUGCAAGUCAUACUUCUCUAGACACGCUGCUCCCACCAAAAACCCACACCUGCCGGAAAACCCUAUUUGCAAGUUCUCUCCGUCGUAUCGGAAAACAUCCUUGCUUCUGCCUGAAGUUUCACAAGCUUAUGCUCUCUCUCACUCACAGAGUUCGGACUCUGUCCUCAUCUCUAUGUUCCUAUUCUCAUCCAUUUCGAUUGUUCCGGACGGAUGCCAGACCCUCCAGGCGGCGCUCAAAGCCUGCUGCAUUCACCGUAAACAAGCCUGACCACAAGUCCGAGUGGUGGGCUGUUGAUGGCGAAAUGCAUGAAAUCGGCGACAAUGUUCCCCCUCGCGAGCGAUUUGUUAUACCCAGAGAAAAUCUCCCCAAUCGGCGUCGAAAGCAGCUCAGGGAACAGUUCAUGCGUCGGACUCGCCUCGUUCUCAAGGAAUCUGAGCACGAUCCAUGGUGCAAAAAGUACAUGGAGCUUUAUCAGGAGCUAAGGGAAAACUGGGAGAGACUGUACUGGGAUGAGGGUUAUUCCAAAAAACUUGCUAGGGAUCAUGCAAACUAUGAGUCUGCUGAGGACGAAGAUUUUUCUCCUUAUAGGAAUAGGCAAUCCACUGCUGAUCGGAAUAUGGGUGAGGAUUUUAGGAGGAACAUGCAAGGUGAUAACUGGGAGAAUGUCAGCCAGAUUAGAGAUAAGUUUGAAUACGAUAGAGAGAGAAGAAUGCAAGAGAGAGCAUUUGCACCUAUGCAUGGAGAUCGAACUUUUCCCUCACAGAAUCCAAAUUCUCGAUGGCAACAAACAGACGUGCAGCCUCAAAGAUACGUGUCUGAGAGUGAUAGUGACUGACAAAUUGACUAAAAACUUUAUCUGCGUCUAUGUGAAGAAGAGGUUUGGAUGCAUUCCUGAGAAGAGCUUUAAUGCAAACGACUCGAUUUGUUGGAAGCGAUACCAUGAACUUGAACACAAUAGUCAUAAGGCAUGCAACUUUUGUAUUAAAUCCACCUCUUUGAGAAGGAUCCAAUGAACGGAACAUAUCAAGGUCACCUGAAGUUUGUAAACUUCGAAGGAAAAUGUUUGUGUAAAGUAUAGAAAAGUCGGUCAAUGAACUCGCAUUUGAAGGUGAUUGGAAUGAGAAAAGAUCUAAAAAAAAUUUGGUUUCCAAAAAAGAAAAGUUACACAUUAUUUAAUCUUUAUUUAAAAUUGCAGGAAGAAGUGAAAUAUGCUGACAAGUUACUAAAGUAUCAGUGUUAAUAUUUUGUUCUCGAGGUUUGGCAACAGUUGCCUUCCACAAUAUGAUCUAAUUUGGCAACAGUUGCCUUCCACAAUAUGAUCUACAUAUUUUAUCUAUGAAUUCAUUUUAAUUCACUAGAAAAA